GUUCUGUCGUUGCGUCUCCGUCGGAUCAUGUAAAUUGUAAAUUUACAAGAAUUUUAUUAAAUGUUAUCUUCGUUGUGUUGACAUCAUUUUUUAAAAUGUUUUAUUUAUCUAUAUGACAUGUUGCAUAACAUGUUUUAAUAAAAAGAACAAAAUGUAGAAGCAGUGCAGCUAUGAUAAAAUUUACUAAUUCGUAAUCCGAGUGCAGUGUUCGUGGGGAUGAUUGUUAUCAAAUCUAUCUUAAAUAACGCAAAUCAUGUGGAUAAUUUUUGAAAUAUGUCUCUUCUGUCUUCCUUAACUGCUUAUUUAGAUUGAUUAACUUAAUAUCCAUUUAAUUAAAAUCUGCUAAAAGUUAAAGUGGGUCAACAGUGGGCAUAGUUAUUAAACCAUAUUGAUUACAAUGAUGAAUUUCAAGAGCUACAUAAACGUGUCGCCUCUGAAUAAUGGAGACAAAAACGGAUCCUUUCAAGAGUUGAAGCCGAAACUACUAAAUGGCGAGGUGAUAGUCGGCGCCGCUCACAGCGUGGUGCUCCUAGCGCCGCUGAGCGAGCGGGAUCGCGGACGGUUCGGCUCGCUGUUCGUCACCAACUACAAGCUGUCCUUCGUCCCGAUGGACGGGACGGACGAUGACUACCCCGGUCAGAGGAACCACCUGGUGGGGGUACACGACGUCCCCCUCACGGGAGUGGGGGCUCUGUGGCAGACGGACGGGGGGCCUGCGAGGCGACGCCGGCUCCAACCACGCUCUGACGUGCCCGCCAAGCUCAAGGGACUACAGGUCGUCUGCAAGAACAUGAAGGUGUUGACAUUUAACUUCGCCAACUCCCCGAUCGGCAGCGGCCGGAAGGUGGCCAUGACCCUCCUGCACCACUCCUUCCCCAAACGGCAUCACCUGCUGUUCGCCUUCGAGUACAGAGAGCCGUACUACCCCACCCUGCCGUCCGACAUGAACAUGUUCCAGAGGCCGGGGGACUGGAAGAAGGAGCUGGAGAGGUGCGAGUGUCCGCACUGGAGGAUCACCUGCAUUAACGGCACCUCCGACGCCUUCAUGUUGACGGCGGGAGAGACUUUGAUAGUGCCGAAGUCGGUGCUAGACUGUAAUCUGAUCGAGUCCGCGCGCCACUUCCGCUCGGGCCGCGUGCCCGUGUGGGUGUGGGGCAGAAGGGAGGGCGCCGCGCUGCUGAGGAGCGGGGAGCUGCUGGCGACGGAACAGGCGCCCACCGCCGAGAGCGUACUACUGGAACAGGUCCGUCGCUCUCACCCCAAGUUGUCUCCCCCGCACGUGAUCUACCCGUGCGGGAACCCCUUCACGGCGACUCCCCCGUCGUGUCUGCCGACCCUGGGCGCCCUGCACGCCGCUUACAACAAGCUGGUGGAGCUGUGUACGCCGACCACUCUCAGCGCCUUCUGGAUGCAAGACUCGCAGUACUACUCCAUCCUGGACUCGUGUCGCUGGCUCCGUUACGUGUCAAGUUGCAUCUCGUUCGCGGACGAGGCCGCCUCGCAUCUAGAGAACAACGUCACGGUCGUGUUGCAGGAAGGCGACGGCGUCGACUACAGCGCCGUGGUGUCGAGUCUGACCCAGCUGUUGGUGGACGAGAGCUGCCGCUCGCUGACCGGCUUCCAAUCUCUUGUCCAAAAAGAAUGGCUCGCUCUAGGACACCCCUUCUGUGACAGGUUCGGCCUGCCGUCCCCGGGCAAGGAGUCCCCCUCCUCCCCGCCCCGACCGGCGCCCGUGUUCCUGCUGUUCCUGGACUGUUGCUGGCAGCUGCAGCGCCAGUUCCCGUCGUCGUUCCAGUUCUCGGAGACCUACCUCACCACGUUGUGGGACUGUGUCCACAACCACGUGUUCGACACCUUCCUCUUCAACUGCCCCAGGGACAGGGAACUAGCUGUCACUAAUAAGUUCGUGGAACGCCCCCUGUGGGACUGGGAGGAGCAGUUCUCUGAGAGCGACAUCGCGCUGUUCUACAACCCGCUGUACGUGGCUCUCAAAACACCCGCCACGACACAGAAGAUGCCUAAGACCGACCGACCCCUGCGGAGGCUCCAGCCGUGUACGAGUGUAGCGGCCAUGGAGCUGUGGUCGCAGUGCUACGAGCGCUGGCUGACGCCGCUGGACGUGCCGCGCUCCGGACACGUGCACUACCACCUGCACCACGCCGGCCUGCUCAAACAGAUCCACAAGUUGAGCGAGCGCGUGUCCUCGCUGUCCAUCCUGAGCAGGGAGUGCAACGGGGCGGAGUCGUCGGAGGCCUGUCCGCCGCUCGUGAGCCGCUUCUUCCCCUUCAGCUCGCGAGGCGGGGACGCGGCCCGCGCCCUGGACGACAUGCAGCUCACACUCAUAGACGCCAGCGAGCUCAUCGACUCGCAGUCGCUACUCAACGCGCCUGACUAACACACACACACACACUCUCUCACACACUACACACAUACACAUUGAAGUAUUAUAUAGUAGUUAAUAUAUUAUUUCUUCAUAUAAAUAUCGAGUUCACCGAAAAAUAAACGGUCGGUUAAUAAAUUUGGCUUAUAUCGUCGCCGCUUCCAAACGACUCCUAGAUGUUAUGAUGUAACUGGCAGUGCGGACGGGCCUCAGACUCGUGUCCUGUAUAUACGUAAUGUUUGUAGUGAUAGGGGCACGCCGCCUUACCUGUGACGGGGGUGGCGCCGCCCGGUGACCGCUGUUGGUCCCAACUGUUUCGACAAUAUUUCCUAAGUUUCCCUUAUACCAGCGACUACUGUUGAAGUCUCAGCGGUUGAGUCGUCGGGUUGGCUGCGGUCUCUACUUUAAGCUAAACACUUGUACUUUUAAUGUGGAAGACGUUUAUGUAACCACAACAUCGUCUGUUACCGUGCUAUUUAACUAGUUUAAUGUGUCUUUCUUUAGCUCUAAACCGUGCAUGCUAGGUACUACUAGAUGAGGUCAUAGAGAAUAUUAUUAAUGAUUUAUUUAGCUCCUGUGCGCAUGUUUUCUACCUGUCAGUAUCAGGACCAAAACUUAUUUAUUACCUACAUAUUAUUUUCGUUGUUAAUGUGGCAGCUAACGAGGUGUAGUAUAAUAUUAUUAUAAAUAAAUUAAUAUAUUCCGAAGCCUGCCCCCAGUAGCGUGAGACGACGGAGUGACUCGUCUGUGACUGUACUCUGUGUGGACGUACGGACAGACGACCGGUACAAUAAUUAAGAAAUAACGAUAUUGUACAAAAUUAUGUACAUACAAUUAUUAUAAAUGAGGUGGUUGAUAUGAACGAACACGCGAUACUAACACACAUUAAUGUAUGACAAGUUCUGAUGAGAGCCUGAUGAUGAUAUUUUAUUAUAAUAAAACGAGGGUAACAUACGUCUUACAUGUUAAUGCAAUAUUUUUUUUUAUAUUAAAACAUUAAUGAAUACCUGCCAAUACGAUUAAUUUAGUUUUAGUGACGUUAUAUCCGUAGGUAAGCUGGUAUUGGUGUAAUUAAUUCCUGCAGGAGCUGUUGCUAUGUAUAUUGAGUGGUGUAUACACUGUCGAAUGUUAUGUGCCAUUUCGAUCGUAAUGGUUCAAACGACCCAGUUAUUUUAUAGAUGACGUAAACGAUGUUCAAAUAAAACAAAUACCCUCUCA